UGGUGGCAUCCUCCCCCCCCCUCCUCACACUCACACAGAGGCAGAAAAUGAUGGCUUGAGGCUGGAAAACACACACACGCUGUUCGGCCGUGCGUCCGUCGCACUGGAACAUGGACUUUGGCUCCGACCCCCUCAUGGAUUGAGGGCAGGGCGGGCAGCAUCGCAGCGGAGACGUCAUCUCGCCGCCCCGGCCGAUGGCGGCCCAUCAACACUCUCCAGACAGCAGCAGCGAGGAGUGCACCGUGCUGGAGGCUCCGCCCACGAAGGACACCUGCCCGGAUCACGGCGGCAAGGUGUCCGACUACUGUUGGGCGUGCGCGCGUGCGCUGUGCGGCGAGUGCGUGCCCGAGCACAGCGAGCACCCGACGGCGCCUUUGGGCGAGGCCUUGGAGCGGCACCGGCGAACCUUGGAGGCGGGGAUGAGGGCGGCUCAUGACAGACUGUCACAGAUUUCGGCCCCCGCCGUCGUGGUGGGCGAGAUGGUCCAGCAGCUGACCAGUCAGAGGGCGGCCAUCGAGGAAGACAUCCAGUCCAGCUUCGAGGACCUUCACAAGCAGCUGGACGUGAGGAAGAGCGUUCUUCUCAUGGAGCUGGAGGUCACCUUUGGCCUCAAGCACAAGGUGCUCCGGUCUCAGUUGGAGAGCCUGCUGCAGGGAGAAUGCGCCGUGUCUUCUGCCUGCGCCCGCGCAGACGAGGUCCUGGCGACCGAGGCCUGUGCCGCAAGCUUGGAAGAGGAGCUGGACCUCAAGGAGAAGCUGGAGGAGCUGGCCGGGCGGGGCCUGUCGUGCCAGCCGGAGGAGAACGACCAGCUAGACCUGAUCCUGGAGACGGACGGACUGCGCAAGUGGAUCCACAACCUAGGCACUAUCGUGACCACCAGUGCCGUGGCGAGCCAGAGCGAGGCCAUGGGCGCUGGCCUGGAGCAGUGCAUCGUGGGACUUCCUUCCUCCGUCACCAUUGUAACCAGAGACAAGUCCGGAGGGGCCUGCAAGAGCGGAAACGCCAUCCUGUCAGCUGAGGUGUUCACGCCCGACGGCAGCAUCGUGGACGGCGAGAUCGUGGACCGCAAGAACGGAACGUACGAGUUUGUCUACGUGCUGCCCAAAGAGGGCGACUUCUCACUGGCACUGCGUCUGUACGACCAGCACAUUAAAGGAAGUCCUUUCAAGCUGAACGUCAGCACGCCACAGGUGUCGCCCUCCACCACCACGCCCUCCAACUCUGUGGCCAACGCCACGCCGUCCACGGGCUCCUCAGAGGGCGCCAAGAGACGGGGAAAGUCCCCAGGCCAGAAGAAGAAGGGCUCCAAGAGGGCCAGCAGCGCCCUGGGAACGCCACGCCGCAAAACCCAGAACCCCAUCGAGGACGACCUCAUCUUUCGGAUCGGAACCAAGGGCCGCAACAAAGGAGAGUUCACCAACCUUCAAGGGGUCGCUGCCGCCGCCAGCGGGAACAUCCUGAUCGCCGACAGCAACAACCAGUGUGUGCAGGUCUUCUCCAGCCAGGGAGAAUUCCAGAGUCGAUUUGGGGUGCGCGGACGGUCGCCAGGGCAACUGCAGCGGCCCACGGGUGUGGCGGUGCACGCCAGCGGUGACAUCAUCAUCGCUGACUACGACAACAAGUGGGUCAGCAUCUUCUCCACCGACGGCAAGUUCAAGGCCAAGCUGGGCUCGGGCAGGCUGAUGGGACCCAAAGGCGUCUCAGUGGACCACGAGGGUCACGUGAUCGUAGUGGACAACAAAGCGUGCACGGUCUUCAUCUUCCAGCUGAGCGGAAAGCUCGUCACCAAGUUCGGGAGCCGCGGGAACGGCGACAAGCAGUUUGCAGGUCCGCACUUUGCCGCUGUCAACAAGAACAACGAGAUCAUCGUGACCGACUUCCACAACCACUCUGUCAAGGUGUUCACGCCCGAAGGAGAGCUGCUCUUGAAGUUCGGCUCCAACGGCGAAGGCAACGGACAGUUCAACGCCCCCACCGGCGUGGCCGUGGACGCCAACGGGAACAUCAUUGUGGCCGACUGGGGGAACAGCCGGAUUCAGGUGUUUGAUGGCAGCGGCUCUUUCCUGUCCUACAUCAACACGUCGGCUGACCCCUUGUACGGGCCGCAGGGGUUGGCCCUGACCCGGGACGGACACGUGGUGGUGGCCGACUCAGGAAACCACUGCUUCAAAGUUUAUCGCUACCUGCAAUGACGGCAAGCUUGAGGAAGAUCCAGGAGGCGGUGGCUGCCAUUUUCAUUCCGAUGAGGUCAACAUUUGUCAACGUUUAACAUCCCUGGACGGGCCGAGAAGGCGGAUGUGAGUCCAAGUGAUCUCAUCCAUGUUGUUCUCUGAUCGAUUCGAUGUCAUUUUGUGAUCGUUCAUUUCGGUAUGUAUACCACCUCCCAGCCUCCAGGGGGCAGUUAAGCGCUAACUUUGUUAGCAUGGAUGGCGAAAGGGCAAAGCUAGCAGUCCACAGUGUAGUGACUCGCUGUGCCGCCCCGACACCCCACCCACCCACAGGGAGAGCACAAUGACCAAUCAACCCUUUAAAGUGACCAGUUAAAAUUUGACAUUUACGCGUUACCGGAGGAAUGAAUCCACAUGCGUGCUCACCAGCAACGACGGCCUAGGCAAAGACUGAGUGGGCGGAGUCAGCGAAGGACAUCACACUUCAAUAGCAAACUCAUGAAUUCCUUUCAUGGCAUUCUUACUUUUGAUUGUGUUCCAUUGUGUGCAUUGAAACUCUUAAGUGCCAAAGCGUUAUGUUCAUCUCUCAUUCAGCUUGAUUGACCUACACUACUCACAAAAAGUUUGGAUAUUGGGCUCUCGGGUGAUAUUUCUUAAAACGGACGCCUGUACCAUAAAAAUCCAUAUAAAUGAUUGCUUAAAAAUCUGCGAUUCCACAAGAUAGCGAUAUAGAACGAUGACCCGCAACAGAGCGGGGGUUCACUGAAACAGAGCUACAGAGAGACUGGAAGAGUCACAGAAAGGCAUAGAAGUGGCCGUCCUUGGAAAUUUAUUGAUCGAUUCGUGGCUCAAACACGCGAAUUUUACCGUCCUUGGUAGAGAACAGCAAGUUGUCAAAAAGUACUGAAAUAGUGAAUAGUUGGACAGGAGUAUUCAAAAGUUUAAAGGUCAGAUUAACGUCACGUGUAAAGCUUAUAGUGCAUCUUAGGUUCAUCCUGAAAUUGCACCGAAAGCCCAAAGUCCUUAACUCUUUGCGAGUUGUGUAUUUUUUCUCACUAUUCGGUAGUCAAUAGUCACUUACUAAUGUCUUCGAACAAGCUAACAAGCCAGCACACACCACAAGCUAAGUGCUAAUGUCUCUUUUUAACUAUUUCCCCACCAAGAAUGUCACGAGGAUAGCUUAUUAGCAUGUUCCCCGAGCGCGGCCAAUCUUCAACGUUUAUUAGUAUGGUGGCGCGAACAUGGCUGACAUUAUGGGCUUAUUAGCAUGUGGACCAACUCAGUUACUAUGAUUAGCAUGUUCAUUGUGUGGCUAACACGUCUACGCUGCACUUGCUGUCAUUUUAUUCAUCAGUUUUUGUGGUACACAUAAUACAUUAAUCCCCUGCUAUUCGCCAAUAGCUAGUAAUUGAUGCAAUUGCUAAUACUCAUAGUCUAAACCUUAACUACCGGAACUUAAAAAAUAAAUAGCUUACAGAUGAUUUGAUUUCAGAAGAGCAAAGAGACUCUCCAGAACUUCUGCUAACAAACCCAGCUAAACUUAGCACCUCCCCAACAGAUAAAGAUGAUAAACAAUCGAAAUGCAUCAUAGGGGAACGGCAAAUCUAUGGGAGAUCACUGUAAAUUGGCUUGAUUGUUUCAUCAUAUUUCAUCAUAAAUAACUUUUAUAAGUGAACCGGCCUUGUCCACCAAAGAUUGAUGGGGGAAAAGUUAACAAACCAGCUUGUUAUCCUAUCAAUAUUAAGAGUCAAAUCAAGACCAACGAGGGAUGUUUAUGUGCUAUUGAUUGUUAAUUGGUUUUACAUGUGAAUGUUUCCUGUCUGCAUGUCCAUUCAAUAAUCAAUAAA